UGCUGUGUGUGUUUGCUGUUGGGUGAAGAAGAGGAGUUUGUCUCAAAGCUGAAGGGUGAAAACUGACCAGACAUGGAAGCUGUAGUUGGACUGUUGGUGAUGCUACUUGCAGUCUCCCAUGGUGUGGAAACCAAAUGUGAUGUCAGACAGAAGGAUGGAGCUCAGUGUUACGGAGCUUUGGGAGGAACUGUGUUCCUGCAGCUGAUGGAUCGGGCGCCAGAAAGACUUGCGAUUGACAAAAACAACAACCAUAUUUUUCGCUGGAAAAAUUAUAAAAUUGUUAACAAAUCAAAUGAGGACAAAUACUCCUUUACUCCUAGUGAUGGAAUGUUUAGGAUCUCUAACCUGAUACGAGCUGACACAGAUGAAUAUAGACUUAUAAUACAUAAUUCAUCUGGAGCUCUUUUAGAGGAGCGGACUCUUCAGUUGUCUAUUCAAGCUCCUGUGUUGUCUGCCCGGCUGGUCUCUGAGUGUCUGUCCCAGGGAGAGAUGAGGGUGUCCUGCUCCUCUGAGGGAGGGGACAGUCCUCAGUACAGCUGGUCUCUGGAUGGACACACACUGACAGAAGACAAGCUGCUCUCUGGAAAUCACAAGACUGACAGCAUCACUCUGAGACAGGGCGUCGAGGGAGCUCUGGUCUGCUCAGUCAAAAACCACGUCAGUCAUUUACAGAAGUACCAUAAAAUAUCUACCUGUGGCUUCAUCUUCAUUAACUGCACUGGAUCUAAUGAGACACGCAUAACACAGUGGAUGUUUGCAGCCACUAACACACUGUGCGUUGAGCUGACAACAAUCUAUACGACUGUGGAUCCUUCCCUCAUAUGUGGACUGCAAACAGCUGUGGCAGCUCUGUUGUUCAGUGUGGUCGCCGCCUAUUUUGCUUGGAGGAAAAAGAAAUCCCAGAGAGCUGAGGGCUCUGCCAUGCCACAAGAGAGGCAGGAUGCAGAGACCUCUGUUUAGAUGGUUGAAAAGAGAAGUUCUGCACCUGAACCCAAAACUUCCUCAAACCGAUAUUUUUUUUCGCCUCGCUUGCUGUAAUGGCUCAAGUUUCUUUGUGGGUGUGGAAAUAACUUCUUAUCAUGUCGACAUCUGCUCACCACAGAGAUGUGCAAAGAUCUUUUUUAUGUUUUCAGGGUUUUCAGGUCUGAAAACCUUUUCAUCCUGAAGCAGAAAAGGUGUCACUGUGUAUAGGGCUUCAUAUUAGCUGUGCAACUGAGUGUGAUGCCAUU